AUGGCGGAGUGCCUUGCCCGCUCACAGGCGCGAGAUGAGGGAGGCGCGCUGCAGCACCGUCGCCAUGUCCGCCGCCGCAGCCGACUGGCUCCCGUCAGCGUCCGUGACGGCGUCCGGCCGCCCGGUGCUUUCCGCAGGCGAGGUGGAGUGGAAUCUCCUCCCGCUCGUGGACCUCGAGCCCGAGGAGAACACGUGCCUCGCGCCCCUCCUCGCCACGGCGCAAGCGGCCAGGAACAGCGCCAGCAGCAGCAAGGUCCUCAUGGUGGCGAGCCCCUCUCACAGAUCGGACAUCAAGCGGCGCGCCCGCACCGAUCUGGGGUGGAUUCGCGGCCGGAGUCGGCGACGGAGGAGAGAUUUGUGGGGAGGAGAAGGUGGCAGCAGCAGCAGCAGCAACCCACGCGUGGGGAAGGGAGGGGGGAGGGGUGGUGGCGGUGGAGGCCGUCGGAGAGGUUGAGGAGGACGCCGUUGGAGGGCGGCGCGGCGAGGAGCGGAGAGUCGGAGCCCGUCGGGGAAGCUGGUGCAGAUCGAGCACGCCCUGACGGCGGUGGGCUCCGGCCAGACCUCCUUGGGGAUCAAAGAUUGACAUACGAGUGCAAAAUCCCAAGUGGUUCAGGAGUCAGUUCAAUGCCUAGGAAAUGCACUGAAGCUAAUAAAUCUCAUAAAGUUGGACCUUUCAUUAUCCUGGAGUCAUUGGGGACUGUAUAUUGCACCACCUUCUCGUUUGGAGAGGCCAACGCUGACAGUGCGCCGAAGACAGCAAAGAAGAUAACUGGCAAGAAGGUCAACGACCUCACCGGCAAUGACAUUUUCAAGGGAGAUGCGCCACCAGCUUCUGCAGAGAAGCAUCUGAGCACCGCAAAGCUGAAGGAGAUUACUGGAAGCAACAUUUUUGCAGAUGGGAAGGAACCAAUCCGUGAGCGUGUGUAG